AUGUCUUCAGCACCACCGACCGCCGGCAACAUGGGCUCAGACCUCAAGGACACCGCUGCGCCGGGGAAAGUCAAGCCAUGCUGUGUCUGCACCGAUCAAAAGGCCAAGCGCGACGAAUGCAUGCUCUUCUCCACAUCGAACGACCCCCAAAAAGAGUGCUUCACUCUAGUCGACGAUUACAAGAGAUGUAUGGCUGGAUACGGCUUCAAGAUAUAA